AUGUCCAACAACACAACAGAGGCCUCCAGCAACGCUCCCCCGGCCCUCCUCGGCCUGUUCCUGGGAAGCAUUUCCCUGGUCACCAUUGUCAUGAACAUCCUAGUGCUGUGUGCCGUGAGAAGGGAGAAGAAGCUGCAGACUGUGGGUAAUCUGUACAUCGUGAGCCUCUCCAUUGCCGAUCUGAUCGUGGGGGCGGCCGUGAUGCCCCUGAACAUCGUGGACCUGCUGAGCCCCGAGUGGCCCCUGGGGCUGGCAGCCUGCUUGUUCUGGCUCUCCAUGGAUUACGUGGCCAGCACGGCCUCCAUUUUCAACCUCUUCAUCCUGUGCAUGGACCGGUACCGCUCGGUGCAGCAGCCGCUGCGGUACCUCAAGUACCGCACCAAGAUGAGAGCCUCACUGCUCAUCCUGGGGGCCUGGCUGCUCUCCUUCACCUGGGUCAUCCCCAUCCUGGGCUGGCACGUUUUUGCCAACAACGGGCAGAGGAAGGUGGAGGAAAACAAAUGCGAGACGGAGUUCUUCGAAGUCACCUGGUUCAAAGUGCUGGCGGCCAUCUUCAACUUCUACCUGCCCUCCCUGCUGAUGCUGUGGUUCUACUGCAAAAUCUUCAGGGCUGUUCGACGGCACUGCCAGCACCGAGAGCUCAGCAAUGGGUCCCACUGGUCAUCCACGGAAAAAAACACCACACAUCACACCAGGAUGAAGGAUGAGAAAAAUACUUGCCCCCAGGAGCAAACCUUAGGUGGGAACACCCCCGGUGCAAACAAGCAAAGCUCCCCAGAGCCCCAGAAAGUGGAGGCAGAGCUUCAUUUCAGCCAUCCUGACAGGGCUUCAAAGGCCCUGAGAAAUGGGAAGGUCCUGAAGUGGAGCUGUUUCUCUCUCACCACAGCCAAGCCUGAGCCUGGCCUGGAUAAAGCAAGGAAAAGGGGGGCGUGUGCCACGAAAAAAACUGGGAAUAAGGAGCAGCCUGGCUGCCAGGACAGUGACUCCAGUGGGGCAUCAGACAACCACACUUUCACUGAGGUGGCCCCCUGGGCACAGCCCAACCCCUGCUGCCCUCAGGGAGGGACCCAGCGUAGGGACUCCAGGGGAAUGACAUUCCUGAGGAAAACCUGGCACACCCUGCACGGCCAUUCCAGGAGCAUCCAGCGGCACGGGAACAGGGAGAGGAAGGCAGCCAAGCAGCUGGGAGUGAUCAUGGCAGCCUUCAUGCUCUGCUGGAUCCCCUACUUCGUGCUCUUCAUGGUGAUAACGUUCCACGAUUACAAGCAGCUCUCAGAACUGCACAGGGUCACCAUAUGGCUGGGCUACAUCAACUCCACCUUAAACCCAUUCCUCUAUCCUCUCUGCAACCAGAAUUUCAAGAAAACUUUUAAAAAGAUCCUUCACAUUCAUUGAUGCUGGUCUGGGGUUUUGGAGCUCUAGUGCAGCUCAGGAGUUUGACCAAACAAAAC